AUCCACUCUCGUUCGCUCGUCUCGCGAGAGUCGAUCAUUUGUUGGGAAAGCGCCGCGGGGUUAUCAGCUGUGAGGCUGUGGGACCACCGGGCGGGCGGCAGUGGAGACCAUGUUUCGGGUGGUGGUUCCAGGGCGGCUCCAGAGCGCGGUCUCAUUGCUCCGAUUUCAGAGUACCCUUGUCAUAGCAGAGCAUGUGAAUGGCUCCCUGGCACCUGUCACUUUGAACACUAUCACUGCAGCAAGACGCCUGGGAGGGGAGGUGUCCUGCUUAGUAGCUGGAACCAAGUGUGACAAGAUGGUGCAAGAUCUCUGUAAGGUAGCAGGGGUAGCGAAAGUUCUGGUGGCUCAGCAUGAUGCCUACAAAGGCCUGCUUCCAGAGGAGCUGACGCCAUUGAUUCUGGCCACGCAGAAGCAGUUCAGUUACACACACAUCUGUGCUGGAGCCUCUGCCUUUGGAAAGAACCUUAUGCCCAGAAUAGCAGCCAAACUUGAUGUUUCCCCGAUUUCCGACAUCAUUGAGAUCAAGUCACCUGACACAUUUGUGAGAACUAUUUAUGCAGGAAAUGCUUUGUGUACAGUGAAGUGUGAUGAGAAAGUAAAGGUGUUUUCUGUCCGAGGAACAUCUUUUGAAGCUGCAGCAACAAGUGGAGGUAGUGCCAGUUCAGAAAAUGCACCAAGUUCUUCACCAGUGGGAAUAUCAGAGUGGCUUGACCAGAAGUUAACGAAAAGUGAUCGGCCAGAGCUGACUGGUGCCAAAGUGGUCGUAUCUGGUGGUCGUGGUUUGAAGAGUGGAGAGAAUUUUAAGUUGUUGUAUGACUUGGCAGAUCAACUACAUGCUGCAGUUGGUGCAUCCCGAGCAGCUGUUGAUGCUGGCUUCGUUCCCAAUGAUAUGCAGGUUGGUCAGACAGGAAAAAUCGUAGCACCAGAACUUUAUAUUGCUGUCGGAAUCUCUGGAGCCAUCCAGCAUUUAGCUGGGAUGAAGGAUAGCAAGACAAUUGUGGCUAUUAACAAAGACCCAGACGCUCCAAUUUUCCAGGUGGCAGAUUAUGGAAUAGUUGCAGAUUUAUUUAAGGUAGUUCCUGAAAUGACUGAGCUAUUGAAGAAAAAAUGAAUCAUGAUUGUGCCGUAAGAA